GAAAGAAAAUUUCUGGGGUCCAAGAAAGCAGUCGUUUCUUACAAGGAGCCAAAGAAAAUAACCUUUCUUUAGCCAUUCUAACCUUGGAGAUGAUUGGUGAUCAAAGAGAGGUUGGCUCCCUGGAGACAAGUGCCACAAAUUCAGUCAUGUACGAGAAACUUGAGAAAACUAUUCUCUUGAAAUCAGGCUUGCCCGAAACAUCUGGCAAAGUUGAAUUGCUUCCAAAAGUUCGCAUUUAUCAGAAAGACCUUUUGCCUACAGAAACUACUAAUAGGUCUCCUGGCCAUCUAGAUCUCAUGGAAGGGAGCCUUCUUCAGGAAACAGAAGGAGCGAUUCAGUGGAAUGAAGCAAACAGACCUGGAAAAAUUCCCUUUCUCAGAGGAGCAACAGAAAGCUCUGCAAAGACUCCCUCCAAGUUAUUGGGUCCUCUUGCUUGGGAUAACUACUAUGGUAUUCAAAUAUCAAAAGAUGAGUGGAAAUCCCAAGAUAAGUCAGCAGAAAACACUGCUUUUAAGAAAAAGGAUACCAUUUUGUCCCUGAACCCCUGUGAAAGCAGUCAUGCAAUAGCAGCAAUAAAUGAGGGACAAAAUAAGCCCCAAAUAGAAGUCACCAGGGCAAAGCAAAGUGAGACUGAAAGGCUGUGCUCUCAAAACCCACCAGUCUUGAAACGCCAUCAAGAGGAAAUUGACUAUGAUGAUACCAUCUCAAUUGAAAUGAAGAAGGAAGAUUUUGACAUUUAUGGUGAGGAUGAAAAUCAGAGCCCCCGCAACUUUCAAAAGAAAACACGACACUAUUUUAUUGCUGCAGUGGAGCGGCUCUGGGAUUAUGGAAUGAGUAGCUCCCUGCAUGUUCUAAGAAACAGGGCUCACAGUGGCAGUGUCCCUCAGUUCAAGAAAGUGGUUUUCCAGGAAUUUACUGAUGGCUCCUUUACUCAGCCCUUAUACCGUGGAGAACUAAAUGAACAUUUGGGACUCCUGGGGCCAUAUAUAAGAGCAGAAGUUGAAGAUAAUAUCAUGGUAACUUUCAAAAAUCAGGCCUCUCGUCCCUAUUCCUUCUAUUCUAGCCUUAUUUCUUAUGAAGAAGAUCAGAGGCAAGGAGCAGAACCUAGAAAAACCUUUGUCAAGCCUAAUGAAACCAAAACUUACUUUUGGAAAGUGCAGCAUCAUAUGGCACCCACUAAAGAUGAGUUUGACUGCAAAGCCUGGGCUUAUUUCUCUGAUGUUGAUCUGGAAAAAGAUGUGCAUUCAGGCCUGAUUGGACCCCUUCUGGUCUGCCACACUAACACACUGAACCCUGCUCAUGGGAGACAAGUGACAAUACAAGAAUUUGCUCUGUUUUUCACUAUCUUUGAUGAGACCAAAAGCUGGUACUUCGCUGAAAACAUGGAAAGAAACUGCAGGGCUCCCUGCAAUGUCCAGAUGGAAGAUCCCACUUUUAAAGAGAAUUAUCGCUUCCAUGCAAUCAAUGGCUACAUAAUGGAUACACUACCCGGCUUAGUAAUGGCUCAGGAUCAAAGGAUUCGAUGGUAUCUGCUCAGCAUGGGCAGCAAUGAAAACAUCCAUUCUAUUCAUUUCAGUGGACAUGUGUUCACUGUACGGAAAAAAGAGGAAUAUAAAAUGGCAGUGUACAAUCUCUAUCCAGGUGUUUUUGAGACAGUGGAAAUGUUACCAUCCAAAGCUGGAAUUUGGCGGGUAGAAUGCCUUAUUGGCGAGCACCUACAUGCUGGGAUGAGCACACUUUUUCUGGUGUACAGCAACAAGUGUCAGACUCCCUUGGGAAUGGCUUCUGGACGCAUUAGAGAUUUUCAAAUUACAGCUUCAGGACAAUAUGGACAGUGGGCCCCAAAGCUGGCUAGACUUCAUUACUCCGGAUCAAUCAAUGCCUGGAGCACCAAGGAGCCCUUUUCUUGGAUCAAGGUGGAUCUAUUGGCACCAACGAUUAUUCAUGGCAUCAAGACCCAGGGUGCCCGUCAGAAGUUCUCCAGCCUCUACAUCUCUCAGUUUAUCAUCAUGUAUAGUCUUGAUGGGAAGAAGUGGCAGACUUAUCGAGGAAAUUCCACUGGAACCUUAAUGGUCUUCUUUGGCAAUGUGGAUUCAUCUGGGAUAAAACACAAUAUUUUUAACCCUCCAAUUAUUGCUCGAUACAUCCGUUUGCACCCAACUCAUUAUAGCAUUCGCAGCACUCUUCGCAUGGAGUUGAUGGGCUGUGAUUUAAAUAGUUGCAGCAUGCCAUUGGGAAUGGAGAGUAAAGCAAUAUCAGAUGCACAGAUUACUGCUUCAUCCUACUUCACCAAUAUUUUUGCCACCUGGUCUCCUUCAAAAGCUCGACUUCACCUCCAAGGGAGGAGUAAUGCCUGGAGACCUCAGGUGAAUAAUCCAAAAGAGUGGCUGCAAGUGGACUUCCAGAAGACAAUGAAAAUCACAGGAAUAACUACUCAGGGAGUAAAAUCUCUACUUACCAGCAUGUAUGUGAAGGAGUUCCUCAUCUCUAGCAGUCAAGAUGGCCAUCACUGGACUCUGUUUUCUCAGAAUGGCAAAGUAAAGAUUUUUCAGGGAAAUCAAGACUCCUUCACACCUGUGGUGAACUCGCUAGACCCACCGUUACUGACACGAUACCUUCGAAUUCACCCCCAGAGUUGGGUGCACCAGAUUGCCCUGAGGAUGGAGGUUCUGGGCUGCGAGGCACAGGAGCUCUACUGAGAGUGGCCUCCCUGGCUUGCCUUCUACCUUUCUGCUGAUCUUUAGGUUACUUCCUGCCCUCAUAUUGUCCAUGCAGACACUGCCUUGAAGCCUCUCGAAUUAAUCCUACAUUUCCUUGAUAGGGGGUGGGGAGGGUGCAUCCAAUUUAACUUAACUCUUACCUAUUUUCUGCAGCUGCUCCCAGCUUGGUCCUUCCUUCCAAUGUAACUAGGCAAAAAGAAGUGGAGAAACCUGCAUGGAAAGCAUUCUUCUCUGACAACUUUGGUUUCUCAUAGUCACCACUGGCUCUGUUGUAGAAAAACUAUAUGAUGAAAGUUGGAAGAAGAUAUUCAUUAUGUAAGCAUUUCAGAUUAAGCUUCAUACAUUUAAAAUAAAACUCUCAGUUGUUUAUUUUACUAGUCAAGCAUGGAACAAAACAUGUUUCAGGAUAAGAUCAAUACAGUCUUGAAGUCAAAAGGCAAAUCAUUUGGACAAUCUGGAAAAUGGAGUUAAUACAACUACUGCA